AGAGGCAGUACCACUCCCAGAUUGACGAUCUGAUUGAAGAGACGGUGAAGGAGAUGAUAACUCUGCUGGUAGCUAAGUUUGUGGUCAUCCUGGAGGGUGUGUUAGCCAAGCUCUCCAGAUAUGACGAAGGAACGCUCUUCUCUUCCUUCCUUUCUUUCACAGUGAAAGCUGCUUCAAAGUAUGUGGAUGUACCUAAGCCAGGGAUGGACAUCGCUGACGGUUACGUGACGUUUGUUCGUCAUUCCCAGGAUAUGCUGCGGGAGAAGGUCAACGAGGAGGUGUACAUAGAGAGAUUAUUUGAUGUGAGUAAGCCCAGCACCUCCUCCUCUGUAAGGGAGACUUACUAA